AAACAGGGGUGCGCGAGGUUUGCCUUUACGUGUGCUCAUCGCAUUCUACUCUCUUAUACACUUCGAUCUUUCUCUAAAUAUUAUAAUUUUUUCGUAAUCCCGAUUCCGUCACCUCUGUAUAUAUAUGCCACACAAUCUAAUUCUCCACAGAAGUUGGAGUAGCCUGGAUUCUUGUUUAUUUGAUUAGUUCUGUCGUUGACCAUCUCACGCUUUCUCCUACUUUCUAUGAUACAAACAUGGCCACCCUAUCCAAACUUCACAUUUCACCGUUAAAUUACCACCACCGUACAGUCCAAGUCCAGCCACCGCAAGUUAACAUGUGGGACCCGAUACCUUCAAAGGGCCGUCGGAAUUAUUUGCAAAAAUGUAAGUGUUGCAAGUCACGACAAGGAGGUGGUGACAAAGAAAUGGCAAGUAGGAGAAUUUCAAGGAAUGCUAAGAGGAUGAACUCUGAGAGAGGUGUAUCUAGAUUCCUGGCCUCUCUUAAAUCUACAAUAUUAUUGACACUUUCUGAGUUGCGUACAGAUGAAAAGUUUGUAGAGGAUUUUGAGCAAAAUUUGUCAUCUAUGGCUCUCCAUGUUGGUAGAUCUAUUUCGGUCAUGAUGAGCACUGGAGUAGUACUAUUAACUGGAUUUCAGUUGUCUGGUGGAGAUGGUCAGAUGAGUGAUUUGAUAUGGUAUAGCUGGCUUGGUGGGAUUAUUAUGGGAACUAUGAUUGGUUCGAACAUGGCUUUUGAUGAAGUCAGUCCGGCAGGUCCAAGGAACGUUGUCAUAACCGGAAGUACAAGAGGAAUAGGGAAAGCUCUAGCACGUGAAUUUCUACUUUCAGGAGAUCGCGUGGUUGUGGCCUCUCGUAGUCACGAAUCUGUGGAAAAGACCAUUAGAGAGCUUGAAGACAGUCUAGAAGAAAGUCGAGAAACUGCAGAUGACUUUUCUAGAAGAAGUUUGGAGAAUGCAGAAGUCAUGGGUGUAGCCUGUGAUGUAAGUGAUCCUAAAGAUGUGAAAAGGCUGGCAGACUUUGCUGUCAAUGAAUUUGGUUCUAUCGAUAUUUGGAUAAACAAUGCUGGGACAAAUAAAGGUUUCAGACCUUUACUGCUCUUUAGCGAUGAAGAUAUUCAGCAGAUUGGGGAAGGCAAAAACAAAAUGUUGAACUGUGAGCUUCUGGAGACAGUUGCAAGAACUUUGGUUCCACAUAUGCGAGCUGUAAAGGGAAACGGAAAGGCUAUCAAUUACUUAACCCCUCCCCGGAUUCUACUUGCCUUGCUGACAGCAUGGCUAUGUCGAGGCCGCUGGUCUGAUGAGGAGGAAAACGCAGUAUAUGCAUCUGAAACUGAUAGGCUGCGGAACUGGGCUGAAAGCCAGACUCGAUUAUUAAUCACAGAUGCCAUGGAAUCAGACACUCGGGUUUCAGUUUUCUCAGUUUGUGUAAUUUUUGCUUUUAUUAUCCUAUCUAGUACCCUCAACUCUUAAUCAACCCGAUGAGCACGAGUUAUUUUUUCAAAAGUGACUUGUAUUAUGGACGGACUUGCUAUCUCCUGUACAUAAAUUGAGGUCUCUCUACUUGCAUUGAGGCCUGAGCUACGGAUUCAUGAAUUCAUAACAGACCCUGAAAUCUCCAGGCUCACAAUCACAGCAGUGAAAUAUCAAAUGAUUUUUUUUAUUUUUUUGUAAGGGUGAAAUAUCAAAUGAUUGUAACAAGUAAAUUGUAAUGAUUCAAUAUGACUUUACAAGAAAAUGUAAUGAUUCAUUAUGAUUAACCUCUGCUUUUACCUUUUUAUCAA